CGACUACCAAUCCGUUACUGAUACCAAAUUUACGGUUGCUGAUACAUGACUUUGGUCAGUGAUGUAGGAAGAGAAGCACAGUAGCAAGAGAAGAAAAUGACAACAUGGCAUCAUGUUUGUCAACCGAGUCUGGAGUCCGGACUCCGGAGGGAGUUCUCCUGUAUGGCAGGGGGCGAGCAGAGCAGCUUCGGACCGUUUUAUUACGUAACGCAAGACUGGCUACAUCUGUAGAUAUUUGAAAAACUGAGGUCAUUGAUAUUACCUGAUACUUCGACGAAACUCGAAAGUUUGUAUUAAUCAUCUACGACUACGAGGGGCUUCACUCCACCGCAGUCCUUCCUUCAGUUCAAACCCAACUGUAAUAAAGAACCUUUCAGAAGAAAGCCUAAAGGGCAAUAGUUUUUUCAAUUUGCAGUGAGAAGGAAGAGCAAGCAGAGCAGUAAAGGGGUUGUUGUUAAGCUUUUCCUUCGAUGGCGGAAAUUGUUGGUCCUCGGGUGUACAGUUGCUAUAAUUGCCGAAACCAUGUUUCGCUUCACGAUGACGUUAUUUCUAAAGCUUUUCAGGGGAGGAAUGGUCGAGCGUUCCUGUUCUCCCAUGCGAUGAACAUAGUUGUUGGGCCCAAAGAGGACAGGCAACUUAUGACUGGCCUCCACACUGUCGCUGAUAUCUACUGUGCUGAUUGCCGUGAGGUGUUGGGUUGGAAGUAUGAACGAGCUUACGAGGAAAGCCAAAAGUACAAGGAAGGGAAGUUCAUAUUUGAGAAGUCAAAGAUUGUCAAGGAAAACUGGUAGCUUUUCAUCUGUUUCUAUAGUUCAUCUGUCCUAAAUUUGAUGCAAGUUUGUCAAUGCUUUCAUGUGUUUAUUUUGUACAGAAAAUCCUUGUCAAUUGAAGAUUCAGUCAUUGUUUCUUCCUGUGAAUUCUUGUUGUUCUCCUGUAUCUGGAUGUUUUGUAUCAGAAACUACUAAAUUCUCUGUGAAUAAACUUGUUAUGUUGUUGUUUGUUCA